UGCGGCGCGCGGGAAGAAGCGCAGGCGGCGGCGGGAGCUGGCGCGCGGACUGACUGACCACGUCCUUGCAGUUCAUUACCGACGAUUCUCAACCUUCCUGUCUCUGGGAAAAGAACGGUGCCCGACGAAUUGUGUCGUCCCAUCAAGACUCGGGAGGAUGAAAGUUAUUACCUGCGAAAUAGCCUGGCACAACAAGGAGCCGGUAUACAGCCUGGACUUCCAGCAUGGCGGCGCCGGGAGGAUCCACAGACUGGCGUCCGCCGGUGUAGACACGGCGGUUAGGAUCUGGAAGGUGGAGAAAGGACCCGAUGGGAAGGCCAUUGUUGAAUUUUUGUCCAAUCUUGCUCGCCAUACCAAAGCUGUCAAUGUCGUGCGUUUUUCUCCGAAUGGGGAAAUUUUAGCAUCAGGAGGAGAUGAUGCCGUCAUUCUGCUCUGGAAGGUGAACGAUAAUAAGGAGCCAGAACAGAUUGCUUUUCAGGAUGAGGACGAGGCCCAGCUGAACAAGGAGAAUUGGACUGUCGUAAAAACCCUGAGGGGCCACUUGGAAGAUGUGUACGAUAUUUGCUGGGCAGCCGACGGGAACCUGAUGGCUUCUGCCUCUGUGGACAACACGGCCAUCAUCUGGGACGCCAGUAAAGGACAGAAGAUCGCCAUCUUUAAUGAACAUAAAAGUUAUGUCCAAGGAGUGACCUGGGACCCCUUGGGUCAGUAUGUAGCCACCCUGAGCUGUGACAGGAUCCUCAGGGUGUACAGCACCCAGAAGAAACGCGUGGCUUUUAAUGUCUCCAAGAUGCUGUCUGGAGUCGGGGCCGAAGGAGAGGCCAGAAGUUACCGGAUGUUUCAUGAUGACAGCAUGAAGUCCUUCUUCCGUAGACUGAGUUUUACCCCUGAUGGGUCACUGCUCCUCACACCAGCUGGAUGCGUGGAGUCUGGCGAAAAUGUAACAAAUACCACUUACGUUUUCUCCAGGAAGAAUCUUAAAAGGCCUAUUGCCCACCUUCCCUGUCCUGGCAAAGCGACGCUCGCGGUUCGCUGCUGUCCCGUCUACUUCGAGUUGAGGCCCGUGGGGGAAACGGCAGACAGAGCGUCCCAGGAGCUGGGCACGGAGCUGGUGCAGCUGCCCUACCGCCUGGUGUUUGCCGUGGCUUCUGAAGACUCGGUGCUCCUGUACGACACUCAGCAGCCCUUCCCUUUUGGCUACGUGUCCAACAUACACUACCACACCCUGAGUGACGUCUCCUGGUCCAGCGACGGGGCCUUCCUGGCCAUUUCUUCCACGGAUGGUUACUGUUCGUUUGUGACGUUUGAGAAGGAUGAACUUGGAAUACCUUUGAAAGAGAAGCCCGUCUUAAGCGUGAGAACUCCUGAUACAGCAAAGAAAACGAAGAGUCAGCCACCCCAGGGGUCUUCGCCAGGCCCCCGGCUGGUAGAGGGGACCCCCAGCAGCCCCUGCACACCCCCGCCUCCGGUGAGACCGUCGCCAGCCCCUCCGGCACCUGCCGAGGAGAAGGCAGCCCUGCAGCCCAGCACGCAGAACCCCAAAGCGCCCCUGGCCCGGAGGGUCACUCUGAACACCCUGCAGGCCUGGAGCAAGACAACGCCCCGAAGGAUAAACUUAAUGCCCUUGAAGACAGAGACUCCCCUGAAUUCUGCACCAACCAGUAGAAUCUCCACCCCUUCCUCCGAAGAAAUUCACCCAGGGAUGCCCGGGGACCCUCAGGACAGUCCUCCGGAGCCCAAGCGGCCGCGGCUUGGCGAACACAAAGGAAGUUCUCCGGGUCUGGACUCUUGAGGAGACCGUUCUGCUGCUCCAAGACUGCCAGGUCUGGGGGCCCCGGGCGCAGAAAAGGCUGCCAGACCGGGGACGGCGGAGCCUGACGGACACUCGUGAAUUGUUUCCUGUAACAGAGGAUACACAUGGACCAGUCUUUCUCCAGAACCAUGUUUGCAACUGAAGUCAAGAUACAUGCUUACGCGGUGAACGUGGUCAGAGGCCGGAUCAUCGGCCUGAGUUUCCGAAACUGGAGCAGUUUGGCAUUGACUCGUGUGGAACCAGAAGUCUUGAAAUGCUUGUGGGGAAAGUACAGACAUUUUGCGAGUAGACCCCUUCCCAGAGCUGCAAUGAGAGAAGAGAAAGUUAUUUGAGAAGGUUUAUUCUGUUGAUGAUGUUACCUUCCAAACAGUUGCUUUUUAGGAGUUCGUUUCCUGAUUUUAAAGGUAAUAAAAAUGCUCAUACUGGAAAGUUAGCGAGAAUAAAGUAGGAAAAGUGGGUCCGAGACGGGACUCCGCCACCCUCUUCCCACCGGAAGGAA